ACUUUGACUUGUAACAGAGCAUUCCUAGACUGGUAUCUCUACAUGAACCCAGGUAUCUGAAUCCUUCUUUUGAUCCUGCUUCUCCGUGUGUUCAGGUGGCGAUGGUGGAGGUGCAGCUGGAGAUGCACUACAACUACCACCCUGCGCUCCUCAUAGCCUUCAGCGUGUGCACCACGGUGCUGGUGGCGGUGCAUCUGUUCGCCCUGCUGAUCAGCACCUGCAUCCUGCCCAACGUGGAGGCCGUCAGCAACAUCCACAACCUGAACUCCGUCAGCGAGUCUCCGCACGAGCGCAUGCACAUCUACAUCGAGCUGGCCUGGGGCUUCUCCACCGCGCUGGGCAUCCUGCUGUUCCUCGCCGAGGUGGUGCUCCUCUGCUGGAUCAAAUUCCUGCCCGUAGACUCGUGCCUUUCCAAAAAGACCUGCAACACAGAGAGCUCCACCUCCACAGCUUCCCCCACCCCCCCCACUGCUUCGACCACCGGCUUUCAGGCGGCGCUGGCCUCCACCAUCAUCAUGGUGCCGGUGGGCGUGAUCUUCGUCGUCUUCGCCGUUCACUUCUACCGCUCGCUGGUGCGCCACAAGACGGACCGACACCACGAGGAGAUCGAGGAGCUGCACAAGAUCAAGGUGCAGCUGGACGGGCAAGAGAGAGGCCUGCAGACGGUGUGACGGACGCCAUGUUUACCUCUCUGAGCCAAGGGAAUGAGUCCUCAAACCCUGAGAGUCAGCAUUUCAGCACUUCCUGUUCCCUCUUCUGGAAGUCAAUGGGUUUUUUGAAUGUGUUUUUGGUCAGGAAAUAAGGUCAGAUUUUCACGUUUUGGUCUUCAACAUAAAAUACGUCAGUAAAUACCUCACUGGUGAAUUUAAACACAGCGGUUGCUAACAAGUGUAUAAAUUAGACGACUUAAAGUCAUCACGCCCAACAUUAGCCACCUUUAGCUUAGCGCUGGUGACGUGAAGUCAUGUGACCGCGCUGUAGUUCCUUUA